GUGUACAACUGAACGUAAGGAGCUGUUCGGGAGUAACCAUCAACUUUAUAUAUACAUAUAUAUACAUAAUAGGUAGCAUUCGUCAAAACUCCCCUGCUGUGUCGUCGGUGGACCACAGCAGCGCAAAUAGCUGGAAUAACUGUCCCUGCACGAUCAUCUAUUCUUGUUAAUUUUUUCGUUUCUAUCGCCGUUUUUUUUUCUUUUCUGCGCAGGCGCUUCUUUCUCUUCAACGUGCCUGCGCAAACACCCCAGUCGUAGUGCGCGUUGUUGUGUGCAUCUCUCUUUUUUUCUUUUCUGUUCUCUUCUGCUUGCGCUGAGGCGGUCGGCCGUGCACGGGGAGAGGAGCGCAUUGCAUAGAGGAUAAAGGAAGCGUAGGCACUCUCUUUCCCUUUUUCUUUCUUUUUUUUUAAAUAGGAAUUACGGCAUCUGAGUUCGUGGCGACGCUUCUACAGGUGUGUAUAUUUAUUUUUUCUCUUCAUGCUUGAGGCAAGUUAGCGGAAGAGUGACGUAUCGUAGGAAAUUAAUUCCCGGCAUUCUUCUCUCGUCGCCUUUGAACUGUAGUAGCAUCGCAAAGUAAGGAGGCAAACCGACAGCAGCGCUUCGGCCUGUCGGGAAGGAAAGCCUUUUUUUCUUCUUCUAGUACCGCCGUUGCCGUUCCGUUGUUGUGCGUCGUCUUGUAGUAGAACAAUAUCAAAAAGCAAACAAACCAGCAAACUCAAAAAAGGACUUUUGUUCUUGUCUCGCGAAGACGAGAUAGUGCCAGGGGGUGUAAGAAGAACAUAGAAUUUUAUCCCCCCCCUCCCCCAACCUCUCCAUAGUGUCAAUCGUCCUUUACGCAAAAGUCUCUCCGAGAACACGAUAUAAUUCUGCUUUCAUUUCUUGUUUUUAGAACUCGGGGAGAGGACGUGUCUUUUGCCGUUUGUCUUCUUUUUUUUGUUUUUUUUUUUCGCUCGGUAGAUUUCCGGCAUUAUUCUUUCUUUUGCUUGCUGUUUUGUGAGUAUUCGGUGCUCCGCGACGCUCUCCAGGAAGAGAGGCGCACAUCUUUUUUCUCCUCCCGCACUGACGACAGCGUUUCGGGUUUCGGGGCGGAGACGAGCCUUCUCGCUCUCUUUCUCAAGUGCAGGCAAGUCCUGUGCGUGCUCUUCCUCCUCUUCCGUGUCGAGCCACCUGCACCGUUGCUGCGAUGUUUUCUAGAGGCGUAAACGACGAUGUUCUCCGCAGCGAGGGGCACAACGUCCCGAAGCCGAUGACGGACGUCGAGCGCGAGAAUGCGGAGCCGUACCGAAUGAAGUACUGGUACAGCUUUGUUGACCCAGCCCACAAGAACACCUCCCGCCCCAUCGUAGACGUCUCCGCGCCCUUCAACCUAUUGGACGAAACCCACCAGGCCCGCCGGUUUGGUAUGCAAAAGCUAGGCCUCAACUUCCUCUCGUUAAACGAGUUCAUUGGCACGCGCGAGGAUGUCCCGUAUACGGAGAGCCACCACACGAGCGAGAUUGUGCGCCUCUGGCUGGCAGGGUUGAACGUGUGGUGGUGCAACUACUACAUCGCGCGUGGGCAGGUCUCCGGCAACGCCGUCGGAAACCCUCGUACGCGCUUUGCGUGGCUGAUGGUCCUUUGCCUCGGUAUUCUUCGUGUGAACGUCGCGGGUUUGGUGGGCGCCGGCGGCUACUUCUACUCCUACGAGUACCUCUACACGCACGGCCCGGCGUUGUUCAAAAUACGCGAUCCAACUCCGAACGGGUGGAAGCGUGCGUGGGACGAGGGGCAGACUAGUUACCUGGCCCGCUGCGUGGCGAGCAUCUUCCCUCCGCUGGGCUACGCCGUCUUCAUGGGCCGCUGGAAGAAAACGGGCUUCUGGUUCGCCUUGACGCUUGGCACCAGUCUCUACUACGAGUACGCCCGCCAGAACGUUCUGGCCGGCACACGGCUCUUCUACAACUACCUGGCGAACCAAGAGGCGGAACGACAGGCCGCCUGGGGUUCGCUGGCGCCGCGGCUGAAGCAUCGCAUAGACCCCGACACCAACCGCAGCGAGUCGGUAGCGCAGUUCAGGUACUUCCGCCUCACCUCAGGUACUUUGCAGAACACGGUGUGGGAGAACUGCACACACGAGACGCAGCCGCUGGCCCGCAACGGCAUUAAGAUUCCGAACCCAUACUUUAAUUGGGCAAAGGCACCGCAGAACUACAACCCGAAGCCGUGGAAGGUGAAAAACGAUAUGUGGGAGAUGCCGCAGGUGGUGGACACGAACAUGCGCAGCGGUACGAUGGACUAA